AUGACAGUAUGUGAUGCCGAGAUUAGGGCUUUGAGAUGCAUAAAUUCAUUCUUGGAAGUUUUUGGUACAAACAUAAAUGAUUUUGGUCUGGUAGAUGUUGACGUUAUUGUGAAUGAUGCUGAUGUGUUAGCAAACAUGAUUUUAGAAGAGACUACAAAUAUUAAUGUUCAGUGUGACAUGCAUUUUACAGAGAAUUUAAAUAAGGAACAACAAUCUGCCUAUGAUGUUAUUUUAGACUCAACAACAUCAUCAGGAGUGGCUACUUCUUUAUUGCCGGCUGGGCGAACUGGUCAUUCAUGUUUUAAAAUCCCACUUCAAGCAAGUUUUGAUAUGCGAUGGUCAAUAAGUAAACAAUCAUCACUUGGUCAACUUUUACAAAUGACAAAGCUAAUUGUGUGGGAUGAAGCACCAAUGAUUAAUAGAUGUGCUUUUGAAGUUUUGGAUAAAAUGUUAAAAGAUAUUAAUAAAUGUGAAUUGCCAUUUGGCGAAAAGGUGGUUGUGUUCGGAGAAGAUUUUCGACAAGUGUUGCCAGUAGUAAAAAGAGGAACAAAAGAUGAUAUCAUGAAGACCAGUUUAGUUUUUUCAGAUUUAUGGCAAUAUUUUACACAACUAACAUUGACUAAGAAUAUGAGAGCUAAAUUAGAUCAUUUGUUUUGUGAAUAUUUACUUAGAAUUGGAAAUGGAAUAGAAAGAGAACAUACAUGUCACAUGAUUAAACUUCCUUCAGAUAUAAUAAUAGAUUUUGAGAGUGAAUUUGAAUCAUUGAAAAAACUAAUUGCUAUUGUGUUUCCUAAUUUUCACACAUAUGGUGACAAUUUGAAUACUAUGAUGAACAGAGUUAUUUUGACUCCAAAAAAUGAACAUAUAGAUGUAAUAAAUAAUAUGUUAGUUAAAGAAAUUCCAUGA